AUGGCGCACCAACCGACCAACAAUGACUCGGAGUCAUGGAAUCCAGCCUUACGGCCCGAGGACAAUAGCCCUCCUGUUACGAUGAGCUCAAUCCAGGGUGGAUUGUCAGACCUGAUUGCGGCAGAUGAGCCAGAGGACAAGUCCCUCGCCGAUGUCAUAUCUCCACAGAGUGAGGACUUCUCUGCGUGGGAUAUUCCCGAUGAGGUAGACCCGGUUCAGCCUCAAUACACGAGCUUGGACGUGCCAGUGAACAAUGCAUCACCGGCGGUAGACCAGGCUAUGUGCCUAGACACUGAUGCUGUCGAUAAAACCAGUCAAAUCCCCGAUGAGACUAUUGAAACGGCUCACACAAAUACCAAGCUAUCUACUGAGACUGUAGAUGCCGUCCUAACCCCGACCCUGCCAGAGACCCAACCCACGCAGCUAGUUCAGACCGAAACACGUCCAGUCACAUCCGGUGCGGAGGCUAGAAAUAGUUUUCCCACCACUACAAACGAGCCACCCUCUUCUCAAACUGAAACCUCUCAUACUGCCGUUCCCACUGCCGCACUUGAACAAGAAACCAACCCGGAGUCGACAUUGGCGAGAGAGCCUACAACACCUCCAAGAGAGGAGCAAACAAUGGCACCUGAAUCGAUGUUAGACACCUUUGAACAUGGAAAUACUACUCAGUCGUCCACUCCCACCGAAGAGCUGUUCCCACAAAAAGACGAGGGCAAUACCGAUUCCAAAGAUCCAUGGGACACCUUUGAGAAGGACCUUAGCAAUACGCUGCCCUCUACCGAGGCUACCCCUCUUCACGAAAAUAACCAUGCUGUUCAAGAUCCGGCCCCAGCGGGCGUGGAUACAACCACUCAGAAUCAACCUUUAUGGACGAACGAGCCGAGUGGUGAAGUCAACUCUGACGAGGACGACUUUUUUAACCAACUCAACACCCAGACAAAGCCUAUAUUUGCACCGCCAGAAGCCGAGUCCAGGUUCGAGGAAGGGGUCCCAUUGUUAGAUGAGUCUACACCGGCUUCACCUCUGCACCCAAUAGAAGAAGAGAAAUCCAUCGACAACGUGUUUGCCAACGACGGGGACGAUGCAGAUGGCUUCUUCAGCUCGGCUCCGAAGACAGAAGAUCGGAACGACGAUGAGGAUUUCUUCCGGUCAACCUCAAAGGAAGAGGCUCAGGAGCAAACACUCCAUCUCACUCGAAAGAGUACAUCUCAGGUCUUGGAAUCGGCUGGGUUUGCUCUUGACUCCCCAGUUAGUGACGCUUCGGCUGCAGCACAGUUCGAUGAAGCCCUGAAGGCUGCGUCGUUGGAACCCCAGACAACAGCCGAACCCUCGGAGGAAGAACUAGCGGCACGGUGGGAAGCCGAGCUAGGUGAUUUACCGGAUGAUGAUCUGGCGGCUCGUUGGGAGGCGGCAUUGGACGAUGACGAUAUACUGUUGGAGACUGAAGCCGCUCAGCCUGUCCCUGCACAUGAGCACAUUUACCAAACCCCUGUUCAGCCUACCAACGAUGCUCUGUCGGCUGGCUUGAACAGUCCUUUCCAGACACCUCAGGGCUUUUCUCAGCCAAGACCUGUUCCUAGCAUAUACACACCUCAUCAACCGUCCACCGGCGAUUUAUUACAGGGUAUUCCCCUCCUAGGAGCUGCGCCGCCAGCCACCGCAGCGAUGCCAUCAUACUUCUCGCAACCACAGCAGAACCCUGUAACAACCAGAGGAGAGAGCUUUGCUGAGCGGUCGAAACAGGGUUACAAAUCUCCUUACGAUCUUCCAGAUGAUAUCUCCCGACCCCGAAAGCCGGUCGUUACUCACAAACCUGUUCCACCAACAGUGACCAGCAUGCCUCCACCUCCUCCCCCAGGCGCUUCUAGCAUACCAAUUUCUGCUGCAGUUGGCUUCCCCCCUGCAGCAGCUUCCCCCUCAGCUGUGGCCCCUCCCCCUGCGCCGAAGAAUUUCUACGAGGAACUUCCUCCGGCGCCACCAAGGUCUAGGCCUGCCAGCUCAGGCCGGUACACCCCUAAUCCGCAGGCGGCGUCGACGAUGACUGGGUCGCCUCUUCCUUCCCAGAUUCAAUCUGCUCCUACCGCACCACCAACUCAACAGUCUAUCGCGCUCCCAAUCCAAUCCACACUUCAGCCACCUGAACAACUGGAUCCGUAUGCUAGCCUAGCAUCGAGCGCCCCGGCCGGACCUCCUGCCGUUGCAAGAUAUUCUCCCCAACCUCCUGGCUUGCAAGCACCCGCAAAACCAGUUUCGUUGCCUAGAUAUUCCCCUGCGCCCCCUCCUACCUCGUCUAUUCGCAAUCGUUAUGCCUCACAGCCACUUCAUGUCCCUGGCCAAAAUUUACCUUUCCAGCCACGGACGUCAAGUCCGCUUGCACACCAUGAGAAGGUUUCUUAUCAGCCCGAUCAAUCACACAAACUACCAUCUCUCGAGCCUGCGAUCAAUCUUUCUCCGCCGCGCGGGCAAGGAGCUAGCUUCGGACAAACCCCACCUAGUGCUCCGCAAUAUCUUAACGGCCCCUCUACCCUACCGCGGAGAGGAAGUGCGGGCUCACCUGUGCAGUCGUCUCCGCCUCAAAGUCGCUAUGCCCCUCAGGAAUAUCUCAAUGAGUUCGCUCAGCGUCUCGCACCGGCUCCGGAAUAUGCUGCUGCUCCUCAUGCUCCCGCGCCGAAUGUAUAUAUGUCUCCACCACCCAGCGAUACCCAGAUGGGUCCGCUUCGCCGAUCUCAGACCCAGUCACCUACCCGGGACUUGACGAGCCCGCGUUCCUAUGGACAGAACAUCGAUACCCUCCAACGGCCGGCUUCGGUGCAAUUUUCAGGCUCACCGACUAAAACAGUGAAUCCAUAUGCUCCUGUGCAGGCUGCUUCUCAACCCCGUGCUCCAACUCAGCACCUGCAAUUUAUCGCUCCUAAUGAUGGACUGGACCAUGAUCCCCUGGAGAGAUGGAAGGGAGCCCCGAUCUUCAAAUUCGGGUUCGGGGGAUCCAUAGUCUCUUGCUUCCCCAAGCACGUUCCUCGCUACUCAGUUGGCCAAGUGGCGCCAAUGAUUCAACCCACUCUUGGUGAACCAAAAAUCUCUCAACUGAGCGAAUGGCUGCCCUCCACUGAUACAAUCGUCCAGCACCCUGGGCCCCUCAAGGCAAAGUCAAAGAAGAAAGACCUGAUUGUUUGGCUUUCUAGCAAGAUUGCGGCUUUUGAAAAUUCAGAUCUUCCAAGCUAUGAACAGGUUCAGUCUGAUGCGCACAAACGCCGGGAGGAGAAAAUUCUCCUCUGGAAGAUUGUCAAGCUUCUGGUGGAGAAUGACGGUAACCUGGAGGGUUCCCCAGAGAUUCAAACGUCUCUCCGCCAAAUAAUAUUUCCCAACCUGCAAGAUUCUGACGCAGACGGAUCAUACACAAGCAGUUUAGCCACCUCUGGAGGGUUUGUCACUUCGGAAAUGCCUUCGCAGCCUGAUGCUGUUGAUGCACAGUGGCUGGAGGAGCUUCGCCUACACUUAAUCCGUGGUGAUCGGGAGAAGGCCGUCUGGGGUGCUGUAGAUCGACGCCUUUGGGGACAUGCGAUGAUCAUCUCAUCCACCAUGGAUAAGUCGAUCUCGAAACAGGUCAUGCAGGAAUUUGUCCGCCGCGAGGUCAGAUCUAAAGCCGCAAAUACUGAGUCACUUGCAGCCCUCUACGAGAUCUUCGCUGGCAAUAUUGAAGAAAGCAUCGACGAACUCGUGCCCCCGUCUGCCCGAGCAGGUCUGCAACUAAUUAGCAAGGCCGAUGGCCAGGGCUCUACUAAGAAUGUCCUCGAAGGUUUAGACAAGUGGAAAGAUACUUUGGGACUGGUUUUAAGUAACCGGAGUUCUGAGGAUCACCAGGCCCUGCUUUCCCUCGGUCGUCUGCUUACUUCCUAUGGACGGACAGAGGCGGCUCACAUCUGCUACAUAUUUUCGCGUGCUGCUGUUUUCGGUGGCCCCGAUUAUCCACAGGCCGACAUUGUUCUCCUUGGUGCUGACCAUCAGCGCUGCCCUUCUUCCUUGUUGGAUGAAGAUGCUAUCUUGCUGACCGAGGCUUAUGAGUAUGCUACAUCUGUUCUCGGCACCUCCCCUACAGCCCAUCUGCCACAUCUGUUGGCCUUCAAGAUCCUGAACGCCAGGUGCCUCGUUGAUCAGGGUCGCAAUUUAGAGGCACAAGGCUAUUGCGAUGCAGUGGCAGCGGCAUUGAAAGCUACCACUCGUCCCUCGCCGUACUAUCACCAACACUUGUUUGCAGAGGUUGAAGAGCUGUCUGCACGUCUCCGCCAAACAGCCAGCGAUAGUGGCUCUUGGAUAUCGAGGCCAAGCAUGGAGAAGGUCUCGGGGUCCAUGUGGGCUCGCUUCAAUAGCUUCGUGGCAGGUGAUGAUAGCGAUGCCGCAUCGACUGGAUCCGGUAAGGGUGGCGAGCAAACGGAGUUUGGUCCUUUUGCCAACGUAGCUGGCACCCCAACAAUUAGCCGCUCACCAUCUGUAUCUGACAUCUACGGUUCUUAUCCUGGGGCAGCAGUAGGAGCGCAGGCCAUUCCUGUAGGCGGCGCGUCCAAGUAUCACCCAUCGAGCCAAUAUGCACCCAAUGCCUCGCCGGAGCAGUUCAAAGGCCGAUCUUCAAUGGACUCUCAGAGAUCUGCUUCCUAUUUCCCGCCUGUUGGACAACGCCGAAGCUCACAAGAACUCUCCCCCUCGAUUGAUCAACAAAUGUCCUAUGGAGCUCCAACGUAUGGGUCACCAAACGCGGGUGGGUACCAACCGACGCCGCCCCAGUCCUCAUACGUUCCUCUUGCUCCGGUAGAAGAAGCCAUGUCACCUGGUGAAGCUCCUUCAGCCGCGCAGCCCAUGGUCAAUGGCCUCUUUUAUCAGCCUCCAGGGCAGGCUGCCACAUCCAGCGAAUCCCCUUAUUACCAAGGCCCUCCUGGUAUGCCAGCUGGUAUACCAGACUCCGAAUCACCGUACGCACCUCCUGUUGCAAGCUCGUCUUACGAGCCUGUUUCUCACACACCGGUUGCGGCUAGUGUAGAUGAUGCUGCCCAGGAGGAGGAUGUGCCACCUACUGCAGAACAGCCCAAGAAGAAGUCAAUCAUGGAUGACGAUGACGACGAUCUUGCCGCCCGGGCAGCGGCUCUCCAAAAGGCAGAGAAUGAUCGCAAGGCAAAUGAAGCGUUCGCGAAAGCCGCCGAGGAAGAUGCUAAGAAGGAUGCCCAACAAUCUGGCAAGAAGGGCUGGUUUGGUGGUUGGUUCGGCGGAGCCAAGAAAGAGGAAAACAAAUCCGGUGGUGGUCCUAUCAGAGCCAAACUUGGCGAAGAAAGCUCCUUCUACUACGACAAGGACUUGAAGAAAUGGGUCAAUAAGAAAGAUCCCAAUAGUAGCGCGCCGGCCCAUGCCACUCCACCUCCUCCUCGAGGAUCCGCUCCCCCCAGUCGGACCGCGAGCUCGGGCAGCAUGCCGCCGAACGGUGCACCUCCGAUGCCUCCGAUGCCCCCAAUGUCUGGCUCUGGCAACCGACCUCAGUCUUCUUCAGCUGCCGCCCCGCCUUUCUCGUCCAGCCCAGGCCUCUCCGGGCUUGCGCCUCAACCUCUCCCUCGGUCUGUUUCUACAGGAGCGGCUAUGCCAACACCACCCGGUAGUUCCGGCGGCCCACCGCUGCGGCCUUCUUCAUCCUUGACUCAUGCUAGCUCAAUCGAUGAUUUGAUCGGUGCACCCCAGGCGCGCAAGGGCAACACUGUUCGCGGUAAGAAGAAGGGCCGUUACGUUGACGUGAUGGCUCAAUAA